AAUAAAAUAAAAAUACGACCAUGCCAUGGGGGCGUUGAAGAACUCAUACGAUUGGCUGACAGCGAAACACGUGACGCAUGCUAACGCUAGCUAUUGCUUCACCAGGAAACUGCAAAAAUGUGGUACGGUACUGUUUACAAGAGCAUCUCUGGUGAUGACCUCUGCCUUUUACGUCCAGCUAAUCCACGUUGAUGACAUAAAAACGCCGCUGAAGUUAUUUUAAAGGACUCGUUCAGUUUGAGUCACAUUUUGACGUCAGGGGUUUUUCGUUCACAUCACAGAGAGAUGGAUCUCUCCAGGAGGAACGACGGCGACUGGCAGGGGAUGGUCAACGAGUUCCUAAUUUGUAAGCGCAAGUUGGAGAGCAAAAAAGAAGCUCUGCUAAUCCUGUCCAAGGAGCUGGACACGUGCCAACAGGAGCGGGAUCAGUACAAGCUGAUGGCGAACCAGCUUCGUGAGCGGCACCAAGGACUAAAAAAGAAAUACCGGGAGCUCAUUGAUGGGGAUCCGUCUCUACCUCCUGAAAAACGGAACCAAGUGAAUUUAGCUCAGCUACUGAGGGACUCGAAAGAAAAAAGCAACCGUCUCUCUGAAGAAGUGAAGGAGCUGAAGCAACGACUGGCUGAAGCUCAAGGGGAUAACAAGCUCCUACGUAUGACCAUCACCAAACAAAGACUGGGAGACGACGAGGUAGGCGCUCGCCAUUUCCCAGCGCAUGAGCGUGAGGACCUGGUCAAACAGUUGGAAAGAGCCAGAGAGCAGAAUGAGGUUCUGGAGCACGGCGUGAAGUCUCUCACAGAUGAGCUUCAGGACAUUCGAGCGGAGCGCGACGUGUUCCAGCAGAAGGCUCAUCGCCUCAACGUGGAGAUGAACCAUAUCGUUGGGAAUGACGAUGUUCGAAUUUUAGAUAUUGAUGCACUUUGCAUGGAGAACAGGUAUUUGCAUGAUCGGCUAUGUCAACUUCAGGAGGAGGUGACCUUGCUCAAGACAAAUCUAGCCAAGUACAAGAGUGCGCUGGAAUGCAGGAAGAAUGCCAAAGUUUGUGAGAAGCCUAACAGCUUUGCACUCACUGGGGUGCUCUCAGCUAAACAAGUGAAGGAGCUGCUGUCUGAUGAAAGCGGGUGCACACUGCCCGUCACCGCCCAGUCCAUCUCGGACCUCAAGUCUCUGGCCACCGCUCUCCUGGAAACAAUCCACGAGAAGAACAUGUUGAUUCAGCAUCAGCGGCAAAUUAACAAGGUUCUCGGAAGUCGAGUUGCAGAAUUGGAGAAGAAGCUCAAAACAUUGGAAACGUCUGGAUUGUGGAGCCUGCCAGAGGGAAAAGACUCCAACAUCUGCAACUCUCAGCCACCAGCCACACCAGGAGAGUCAGAGCGGAGUUCAUCAGGCCAUCCAAUAAAAGAGAAUGAAACGCCAGCAGAACUUCCCGACUCGUCGCUCUCGUCUUCCCCUUCAGCCAAGGAGGAGCCAUCUACACGUCAGAGACGAAGCACGCCAAGCGGCGAUGAGCUUUGUGAAGGUGACCAAUCCAAGGAUGACAGCGGUGCAGGUGAUGUCUUUCCCUCCUUAAUAGACGUGAACACACCCCUUCUGUCAAAUCCCUCUGAACGACCGUCUGUGACAUCUAACCUCACAAGAAGAGAAAAUAAUGACGAAGAGGGAGUGGAGAAUGUCGAAACGGAUUGUAUCAUAAUAAAGGAACACGUCCAUAUUUCAGCACAUGCCGCCGCAUCCAUUCCCUUCGCAAAGGAGGAGGCCGUUCGGCAAGAUCAAGAGCUUUCUAUUGGGGCAGACAAUAGAGCGUGUUCUGUUUGACACGCACGAGCUUCAAAGGGGAGGAUAACACCCAAACAAGACAGUUGCGCUUCCACACUGGCACUGUAUAUUCCAGGAUACUUCUAGAGGCUGCUAUUUACUUGACCUACAGUUUGUUUAAGGAAGCACCUAAUGAUAUACAAUGAUAGUGCUUGAAAGCAAAGAGUCACAUAGAUUGUUACUCUUUGACAAAACUUCAUCUGACUACAAAGCAAGCAACCGGAGGAUUUUCGUUAAGUACACAGAGUUUCAUCCUCAAAGUGAAUUGUUGUUGAUUUAUAUGUGGGGUCCAGCACCAAAAUGUUUCAAAUAAUAGCCACCAUUCAGAAACUGUUUGACAAUAUGGUGUCCUUGUAAAAGUAAAACAAAACUACAAUAGUACUCAAAGAAUGCUCCGCUGUGGCCUAAACAGUUACAUAAUAUUUUAACAAGGGAAAGGAGAUUAUAUAUCACACUUUUGCCAUAACGCAAUCUGGAGCAGAUCAAAUUUGAUGUUAUUUUUUUCUCAUUGUGUAAGAUAGAUUUUUGGAAAUUUCCAAUUAAUUUGACAAAUUAAUCAAUAUUGGAAAAGUAUCCUCGGUGGACAAAAAGCACCAUUAAAACAAAGCUCAAAUAGUUGCAGUACCUGUGUAAUUUAUUCACAAUAUCGUCAUUUGAAAACCACUUUGAGUGCAUUUUUGUAGAUUUUGUCAUUUACAGGCAUUUAUUAGUAUCACUAAACAAAAUGUGACUACAUUGUUUUGAAGAAUAUGCUUAUGUAUAAUGUACACCAGGGGUGGCACUGGAUGAACAAUUAGCACAUUUGCCUCACAGUUCUGAGGAAGGGGGUUUGACCCUUUUGUGACAAGUAGUCCACUAUACUGUAUUUCAUUUAAGAUCGUAACCUGUUUUUGUCAUUGUACAGGUACGAUGACAUUUCUGCAGAGCAAUUACCAGCACUGGUCCUUG